AUGGCUUCAGCUACAGCUCCCACAACUCUCUCCCUUCUCCCCACCACAAAAUCCUCCACCUCAUCCGCAACCCCAUCUUCCUCCCGGGUCCACCUCUCCUCCUCAUUCCUCGGCGCCCGUCCGCUCCGCCGACUCGGUUUCGCGGUUGCCGAUCCAUUGCUGGCAGUGCAUGUGGCGUCCAAGGUGAGGACAGCGAGCGGGAGAGGAGUGAGAGGUGUAGUGUCCAUGGCGAAGAAGAGUGUGGGGGAUUUGAGUGCGGCGGAAUUGAAAGGAAAGAAAGUUUUUGUUAGGGCUGACUUGAAUGUUCCUCUUGAUGAUAAUAAUAAUAUUACUGAUGAUACUAGGAUCCGUGCUGCUGUGCCAACUAUCAAAUAUCUUAUUCAGAAUGGUGCUAAAGUCAUCCUUUCCAGUCACUUGGGACGGCCAAAGGGUGUCACUCCCAAAUACAGCUUGGCACCUCUUGUUCCCCGGCUCUCCGAACUAAUUGGAAUCGAGGUUAUUAAGGCCGAAGACAGUAUUGGUCCAGAAGUAGAAAAGUUGGUGGCUUCCCUUCAAGACGGAGGAGUUCUUCUUCUAGAAAACGUGAGGUUUUACAAGGAGGAAGAAAAGAAUGAUCCCGAGCAUGCCAAAAAGCUCGCUGCACUAGCAGAUCUGUAUGUGAAUGAUGCUUUUGGUACUGCUCAUAGGGCACAUGCAUCAACAGAGGGAGUCACUAAAUACUUGAAGCCAUCUGUUGCUGGUUUUCUCUUGCAAAAGGAACUUGACUACCUUGUUGGGGCAGUAUCAACCCCAAAAAGGCCAUUUGCUGCAAUUGUGGGUGGUUCCAAGGUCUCAUCUAAAAUUGGUGUGAUCGAGUCACUUCUAGAAAAAGUUGACAUACUUCUUCUCGGUGGAGGGAUGAUCUUCACAUUUUACAAGGCACAAGGUCUUUCAGUUGGUUCAUCCCUUGUAGAGGAAGAUAAGUUAGAUCUUGCUACUUCAUUACUUGCAAAAGCCAAGGCUAAGGGGGUGUCACUCUUAUUACCAAGUGAUGUUGUGAUUGCAGACAAAUUCGCCCCUGAUGCAAACAGCAAGACCGUGCCAGCAUCUGCCAUUCCUGAUGGUUGGAUGGGAUUGGAUAUUGGUCCAGAUUCUAUUAAAACAUUCAACGAAGCAUUGGAUACCACCAAAACUAUCAUAUGGAAUGGACCAAUGGGAGUGUUCGAGUUUGACAAGUUUGCUACUGGGACAGAGGCUAUUGCUAAGAAGUUGGCUGACCUCAGUGGAAAAGGGGUGACAACUAUUAUUGGAGGAGGAGACUCCGUUGCUGCUGUGGAGAAAGUAGGAGUGGCUGAAGUCAUGAGCCACAUAUCCACCGGUGGUGGUGCAAGUUUGGAGCUAUUGGAAGGCAAAGAGCUUCCAGGUGUCCUCGCUCUCGACGAAGCCACACCAGUUGCCGUGUAA